GCUCAGUCUCCUCUGGUCCAGCUCUAAAGUAUGGUGGCUCCUCCUGGCCAACUUUCCUCCACCCGUUCUUUGGUGUUGGCCUAACUUCUUAUUUCAAGCACAGCGCUGCUGCCGUGCAGUAGUAACUGUGAGAGACCCUCCUUCCCCAGACUGGCGUUUUCCAGCUCCAGGUGUGGCUGACGCUCGGCAUAUGCGCCAUUGGAGAGUGUAAAUCCAAAUUUGCGAGCAGGGGAGUGACAGCCUGCAGAGACCGAGGCCCCCGAGGGACAACUGCAGCAUGUCUACUUAUGCAGCACUUUCGGUGGGACUGGGACUUGGAGCCGUCCUUCUGACGCUUGACUCAGGUGUUUUCCACCUGAGGUGGGAGUUCCCGGCGCUGCGCGGUGCAGCAGAGCGAAUCGCCCUCUGCGUCACUGCCGGAGUCACCGUCCUUGCCCUGGGCUGGCUGUACCGGCUGCUCUUCAGCCCCCUGGAGCUGCUCCGGACCCCGGAUGAGGUGGGAUACAUCGCCGAGGACGGGCGCGCCAUGGCGCGGGCUGCGAACGAGGCGCGCCGCAGGAGGAAAGUCGGGGAGCUGCCGCCGGUUUACCCGAACGGCUGGUACCGGGUUCUGGACUCGCACAUGCUGGCCCGGGGGGAGGUCAAAAAUGUCUAUAUUUUAGGUCAACAGCUGGCGGUGUUUCGGGGCUAUGACGGGAUAGCCUACGUGCUGGAUGCCUACUGCCCCCACCUGGGUGCCAAUCUGGCUGUGGGGGGGCGCGUGUUGGGAAACUGCAUCGAAUGCCCUUUUCAUGGCUGGCAGUAUCGGGGAAGUGACGGCAAAUGUGAGAAGAUUCCUUAUGCAGAAAAAGUACCCGACUUUGCCCAAGUGCGCAGCUGGCCGAGCUGUGAGGUAAACCGGCAGGUCCUGGUUUGGUUCCACUGUGACGGAUCAGAACCGGAGUGGAGCGUUCCGGAGCAGCAGGAGAUCACUAAUGGCCAGUGGGUCUAUAGAGGGAUAACGGAGCACUUUAUCAACUGUCACAUUCAGGAGAUUCCUGAAAAUGGAGCAGACAUCGCUCACCUGGGUCACCUGCACACUCCAGGCAUCCUGAGUGGAGUGGAUCUGCGCUACACCAACAGCAAAACCUGGGACUUUGUGCGCCACGACUGGAAGGUUGAAUGGGAACCGGAGCCAGAGCCCAACAGUCACUGCUCUCAGAUGCUGGUGAAUCAUUCACUCACCGUGUUUGGAUGCCAUUGGCCUCUGCUCGACCUGCAUGUGGUGGCCAGACAGGUGGGUCCAGGAGUGGUGUUCCUGAAGUUCGACCACAGCUUCCUGGGCCGGGGUAUAAUGAUGCACUGUGUGACCCCCGUGGAGCCCCUGCUGCAGUGUGUAACUCACACCAUGUUCUAUCAGGCAAACAUCCCAGCUGUGGUGCCCAAAUUCAUCCUCAAAGCGGAAUCCAUUCAGUUUGAACGCGACGUGAUGAUCUGGAACAACAAGAAGUACAUCCCUAAGCCUCUCCUCGUGAAGGAGGACUCCGCUGUUCGGCGGCACCGGCGCUGGUACAGCCAGUUCUACAGCGAGAACAGCCCGAGGCUGCAGUACCAGAGGGACACUCUGGACUUUUGACUCGCGUCCCUCGUCGGUCUGGAUUGAUGCAACCUCCCAGAGGAGGGAGACGCUGGAGCAUUUUUACCGGUUUGGUUGUUUUAAGCUAAAAAAUAUGAAGCUGUGUAGUUUUUUUUUUUUUUAACAGGAGAUGCUGUCUUUAGUCUUGGCCAAGUGGAUAUAAUAUCUGUCCAGGAUCAUGAAGACAUAAAAAAAUCUUUCAAUUUAACCUUUUAAUGUAAAACAUUACUAAUUUCUAGAAUAAUCUUUAUGUAAUGUAGCUAACCGUAGCGCAUAAAAAAAUCAUCAAGAUUUUCUAAAAAGUAUGAAUUUUCAAAAUAAAUUAAUUGAGACAGUUUGAA